AUGACUCAACAAUCCAUGAAGGGCCUAUUCAAAGGCUUGAGAUUUAUAUCUCAAGUAUUUGACGAGAAAGAGGACGAAGAAAUACAGAUUGGAUUUCCCACCGACGUGAAGCACGUUGCUCAUAUUGGUUGCGAUGAUUCCUCCACUAAACCGCCAGACUGGAUGAAUGGGUUCAAGCAAACUGCAGAAGGAUCAGGAAAUGAUGAUGUAAACCCUAACCCCACAUCAUCAAACACCCAAGGUCAAGACAAUACAAAAACUGAACAGGUUAAUAACCCAUCUGGGUCCCCAACUGCCACACGCAGCUCCAAAUCCAAAAAGACAAAGCAAACUAAGCAGCACCACUCUUUAAGCAGUGAAUCAGUGGAUUCAACAACAACCACAAGCAAGCCUAGGAGAGCAAAACAUUCCAGCCUAGACGCUGCUUGUUCAGAACAGGUGGAUCAAGAUCGGGCAACUAAUUCAAGUAUUGGAAUGGAGACAAACGGAGAUGACCUGAUAAAGAUCCCAAAAAAGACUCAUAAAAAGAAGACAAAGGAUGGAUCGAGUGAAGGUACAAGUAAGACGUCGAAGACCAGACGUGCCAAAACAUCUUCUUCGAAUACUAAUGAGACGCAAUCGAGACCAAUACGCGAGGGAGAUGAAAGUAAAUAA